AUGCAAAUCCUGCGUCCGAAACAUUUUGGUCUCUUCCAAUCGGCUGUGGAAUCGGCGCUGAAGGGGGACCAUGGGCCAAAUCGGGAUUGGGGGACAGCUUUUUUUCACCUUUUGUUGCUCAUCAACGGUCUUCAGGCGAGCUGGGAUGAGUGGUGGACUUACGAUGGAAUUUCGGGUCCGGAGUUCUGGGGCUUAAUCAACCCCAACUGGAACAUGUGCGAGCGAGGCCGCCGCCAGUCCCCUAUCAACAUCGAGCCGAGCAAGCUGGUGUACGACCCUCAUCUUCGCCACAUCCACGUCGAUAAGCACAAGAUAUCGGGCACCCUCUAUAACACAGGCCAGAGCGUAAUCUUCCGCGUCGAGAAGGGUUCGAAGCAUCACGUGAACAUCACAGGAGGUCCUCUGGUCUACAAGUACCGCUUCGAAGAGCUCUACAUUCAUUUCGGAGCUUCGAACGUCACGGGCUCAGAGCACCAGAUCGACGGGGCUAAAUUCCCGGCCGAGAUCCAAAUGUAUGGGUUCAACGCGGAGCUCUACCGUAAUAUGAGUGAGGCGAGGCUGGGGUCCAACGGUAUUGUAGGGCUGUCUAUACUGAUACAGGUGGGCGAAGAAGGCAACGACCAGCUGAGGAUCCUCUCUUCAGGAUUCGGCAAAAUCACCUACAGGGGCAUGAAGUGGUCCAUCAAGCACCUGUCCUUGGCCGGCCUCCUGCCCAAUACCCACCACUACAUGACCUACGACGGCUCCACGACCCAUCCCGGGUGCUGGGAAACGACCACUUGGCUCAUCAUGAAUAAGCCAGUCUACAUCACCAUGCAGGAGCUCUACGCCCUCCGACAGCUGAUGCAAGGCGACCAGACCCUCCCGAAGGCGAAGAUGGCUAAUAACUUCCGUCCCGUCAAGGCCCUUCACCACCGCACCGUCAGAACCAACAUCGACUUCAACAAUUCCCACAGGAGCAAGGGAUGCCCCACCAUGCACAGGGAGAUGUACUACGCAGCUCAUCAGUGGCCCAAGCUAUAGCCGGAUCUUUGGAUUUAGACAAGCUCCCCAAAAUGGAUAUUAAGGAAAAAGUAAAAAGCAUAAAAAAGAUAAAAAGUCGCCUCGUGUAACUUUGCAUGCAGUGAUGAACCCCGCUGUGAGUAAACAAUGGUUCAGAAACAAGAACCGCGGGUUAUACAAUAAUGUGCAUGGCUUGCAGCAAGAUUUAGCAUACUUUAAUUAUAUUAUAGAUACAUAUAUAGCAAACCAAUGUCCUGAGCCAGAGACAGAAAACAAGAAAGAUGAAAGAAAAUAGAAAAACAAAUAAGGUGCUUUUUUUUACAACUAUGACGACACGCAUUAUGCGCUUAACAGGCGUAGCUUGUUAUUCGCUAACCGCAGGAAAAUCUGCCACCUCAUCAUACCUGAAGGGACAAUAGCUCCAUGGACGCAGUGUGUGCAAGGGAUGCCUAAGUAUGUGACUACACUUCCUUAGCAAGUGGACAUUGACUCCCAAGUGAGAUGUCCUAUUAUGUGUUAGCUGUAAAAUGCAAAAAACUUCAGUGGCUAGAGUAGCCAAUAUAAAGAUCUUUUGUGAGCUAUAUUUCAGUUGUAAAUUCGCAAUUCGCUGCUGUGACUUGCCAUAAGGGAAAGAAGAAAGGAAAAGAAAAAUAUAUAAAUAUAUUUCAUAGAUUUCAAAUGUUAUUUUUUAUCGAAAAUACCCUACAAAUUGUACAGAAUAAUCCAUGGCUCGCGCCUGUCUACUAGAAAGGCAUAAUGGAUAUGAAUUGUAUUUUUUUGUUCAUUGGCGCACCUUGAAAUGACUAGGUGAAUGAAUAUCUAGCAAUAACGGUUUUAGUCAUUUGCCAUAGUACUAUGAACGAUAUUCUGAAGUUAAUAGUUUAUCAGAAUGAAUAUUAAAGAAAAUCUAUCAAGAUUCUGUUUUACCGAAGAAGUUUAGGCUUAACAGUGCAGAUCUGUUGUGUAAUAGUCUCAUCGUUAUUUAUCUGGUGAUAGAAAUUUCAGAGCAGAAGUGAGGCACCACUAAGAAAAGCAUUUGCAAGAAUGGAAAUCAUUUAUGAUAAAAGUGAUAAAUCAUAGAACUGUUAUUCCUCGGGCUUCAAAGCUUGAAUUUAUUUUGAAGCACGGACUCCGUUCACAUAAACGAAAGACUGCAAUUGCACAGUAAGAAUAUGCUAGGCUUGAUUUCUUAAUAAUAAUAAACAAAAAUGGAAUAAGUUUUCUGUUUCAUGGAUUUGGAAUGCAUAGCGUGUGGUGAUGAAACUACCUGUGUGUUUAUGAGUUAUGUGUAUAUAAAGUAUAUGACUAUAUACUUACAUAUAGACCUUCAAGCAAUCACAUUUUUUUAAGCCCGCACAUAGAUUGGUUUUGGAUUGUGCAUGGCUCUGAUGAUAACAAUAACGCAUUUAUCCACUCUUUUCGCUAUGUUCUGAUAAAGGCCAGUGUUGUUGAUUUUUUUGCAAUAAAUAAUCUGCAGACAAAAUGGACUCCAACUUAAACCAAAAUGAUAAACAAAAUGAAACUUCAAGGACAACGCAGUGAAAUUUUACUAAGGGAUGAAACCAUAGCAUUAACAUGGACUGACUGAGGUCACCUCGGUGACUGGGUGACCCUUUCAAUCCCAAGUCCUUCCGGAGUUAAAAGGUCAGGUCAGGCUGCCUUGUCUUAUGAACUAUUUUUUGUCUAACUUUCUCUAUAGACAUGUAACUUUCCGGCACGACAACCAGGAGCCUUGCAGGAAGUGCUACGCGAUACCUUCCGGUUUAUUUUUAAGCUUUUAAAAAACAUUGUAGUCAUGUUAAGGAAUUCCUCGGGAGAAAGGAUGCGGCUCUGAAGCUCUCUGUAUUUGGCAUCAUACAUACUCUUGCAUGUCUGGUGUCUGUCUGCCUGUAUCUCUGUACCUACCACUAUCUCUGCCCUUGUCUUCGCUCGGUAAUUGGGUGCACUUCAGUGUAUUGACAUUUGGUUUAAUGGAAUGCUGCGCAUAAAUGUGGCUGACUGCAUACAGAAAAUAUAUAGAUCCGCGUGGGUAAAGCUAGACAUAAAGUUACAGUAGAAAUCAAACACGUCCUUUGGUUCUUAAAAUCAUAUCAUAUGGAAAUAAAUCUUAAGUAUUGGAAAACAUGAAAAUGAGGCCAAAAACAAUAUUUUCCAAAUUUUGCAGUCCAUAUGUUUAAAAUUCAUACUCCAUACUCCGUUGAAAGUUUUCACAUUAAACAAAACAAAAAGGGGGUUCCUCAAAAUGCAUAAUAAUAUUAAUACAGUUUUAAAAUGUUCCACACCAUAUUGACCCCCCCCCCCCCCGCCAAAAAUACGGACGUAAAAUAGUACACAGAAGUGGACCCUGUGAGGAAGAGGGCACUUUGUGCAUCUCGCAGCCGCGCCACGCCAAUCAUAGAGCCAAAAGACAAUUGUGAACUGCUGCUUAUGGUCGGUAACCGCUGUUGGUGUCAGUGUAGAGCGCUAGUGCCACAGGAAAGUGCUGACGUAACAGUGCCGUUGUUACUACCAGUGUUGUCGCGAAGGCCAAACGCCAUGAACUUGUCCCGCAUCACACUCUUGGCAGGAAGGCCCACUCUUGCCCUCCCUUUUCUGUAGUGACAUUGUAUCCCAGAAACGAAUUUCCAACCAUGAUGGCAAACAUUGGAAGUGCUGGAAGGGGAAUCGUGCCUCUCACGCACACCGGAAAGUAUAUUUCGUAUCAUAAGGAAAUAUAUUUUGUAGCAUAUGGGAGCGUCCGCGAUAAGCAGACAGCCUCUUGUACAGAGCUCAAGCUGCGGAGGCGUCACACUCAACGGCAGGUAUAGAGUCAUUUCGUUACGUUCAGCUGACCGAAAUGAAUGAAUAAAUAGAUUUGAAAAAAAAGAAGAGAGGAAAACGUUUUUAUAUAUGUAUCCAUUCACACAAGCCACAAUCUGGCCAGCUGCUUUAGGGGCAAGUCUGUAUGUGUGUCCGGGUGUGUGUGCAUCUCUCGUCACGUAGCUGCUUCUCUGAGGCCCAUAAUACUAAGCCUUGCAUGCGCGUGGUCAUCGCCCCGACAAGGCAGCUAGCUCUACAAAGGAUAUUUGUUGUGAAUGAGACCGCGCGGCAUACGAGGUGUCUCUCGUCCAAGGUUUGCACCGAGAAAAUUCCGUCUCUGUACUGAGGCCAGUCUUCACGCUCUCUUAACCACACUUAUCUGUCCAAAAUCUCUUGGUGAUGCAUUUCUGAAUAUUUGUUCGUUCUCUCAGGCAAUGCGUUUGUUUAAUAUUUCUUUUUUUUUUCUUUUUUCUUUGUCUCGCAACUUUCCGGUCUCCAUUUCAUCCCCCUUCCAUGUUCUUCUUCCAUAUAACAACUAAGCAAUAGGGAAAUCCAACAGUUUUUUUUUUUUUUUUUUUUUUUUUUUUUUUUAGAGAGAGAGAGAGAGAGAUUAUCGUGUGUAUAAGUGUAUAUUUUUCAUUUUAAAUCGAAAAUAAAGCAUAUCUUACCUUGAGAACACACAUUCCCUUCUGUUUUCCUUCUUCUCCCCUGCCUAAUCCCUCCAUUUUUCUCUCCUCUCUGUAAAACAAAUUCCUCAGUGAGUUCUCUUUAACCCCCUCCAGUCUUCAGGUAGGAGAGUACUCAGGUCGCAAAAACACUCCAUUAGAGUACUUGACCUUGUAUUGCAGCCACAAACGAGUUCUUUAAAAGUGCAUAAUCUCAUAGUAAGUGUGACAACCAAUUGUUAUACACAGUACUUGAAAAAUAACAGAAACUGACCCAUUUCCUUUGAUUUUUUUUUAUUAAGAGUUCAUAGAGAAAUCUGAAGUACCUCUGUAACGUCGUUAUUCAGAAAUAAAAGAUACAAAUAUAAGGUGUGACGUUGAUUUCUGUACCAGGAGUGUUGAAAAGUGUGAUGGCCCUAUUUGGACUGUAAAUACAAGUAUCUAAAUGUCAAACCUGGUGUAAGAAGUACGAAUGAGAGGUAUUUGAACUAAAUCAGAAAGAGUUAGUGUAAAAGGAUAUACGUUAUAAGUGUUACAGAUUGGGUUGGACAUAAAUUAAAUGCGACGUUACAUAGAAAUGUAAAUUAAUUCAUUUUAGGAGUACUCAUGAAUAAUCAGGAAUCCAAGAUGGCGUAAAUUAUUUUGUACUCAUUGUCCCUCAUCAUUUUGGCGUCGUUGCGUGUAAAUACUGGGACAUUUUAGCAAUAAUUUCACCGAAUUUGAUAAUUGUAAAAAUAAUAAUAAAAUAAAAGAGAGAAUAACAACAACAGACGACCUGGUAAACAUAUACAUAUAAAUGUCGUUGGAGUUUCCUCACUCUGAACACAGUGUUUCUGGUUGACCUUGUAAAAUAUAUUCGUAGUCUCUUUGUGAUAUGAAUGCAAAAGAGCCAAAAUUUGUAUAUAAAUAAAAGAAAUUUUGUGUUUUCA